GACACGUCUCCCAGAGAAGGUCAUAGACGUCACGCUACCCUAGUCUGGACAAGGAGAGUUCUGCACCAUCACCACCACCACCUCCGAAGAUGAAAGCUGGAGACUUGCCCGACAUCGAUGACAAAGCCACACCGGCGCCGCCACAAGAAGGAUUACCAGGGUACAGCAUCGUAGCUCCAGGUUCAGAACUAUCCACUUUGCCAUCGGCGGAGUUGUUUGAAAUGAACCAAGUUGCGAUGCAGGACGCCGAGCAGCCUCCGGACAUCCCAUUGAUAGGUUUAUUAACCAAGCUUUCGGACCUACAGGAAGAGUAUAUCCGAGGUAAUCAGACAUUCGUGAAGCAGAUCAGUCGGCUGGUCCAGCAAGGGUAUCUGGGCGUACGUCGAACGCGUGGAGACGGUGACUGUUUUUAUCGCGCUUUCGCAUUCGCAUACAUCGAACGCCUACUCAAGGCUCCAGAGCCUUUCCGGGAGACUCUCGUUCAAGACACGCUUACGGUACUCGGGCGCAGUGUACAGCUUCUGCAGAACGUCGGCUAUGAGGCAUUGGUGUACGAAGAUUUUUACGAAACUCUGGUACACACGAUCAAGCGCAUCAUCAAUGCCCGACCCGAUGUGCCGAAACUCACUCAGCGCGGGCUGCUGGACGCGUUUAACGACACACCUAUCUCGAACUCGAUCAUGAUAUAUAUGCGCUACGUGACAUCCGCGCAGAUCAAGGUCGAUCCUUUCAGCUACGCACCGUAUCUAUACAAUCCCGAUGAACCCUACGCUGAUGAACCCAUGAACCCCGCGGAUUUCUGUAACCACUUCGUCGAGUGCAUGGGCAAGGAAGCCGACCACGUCCAGAUCACCGCUCUGACGACUGCGCUCAAAGUGAACGUUCGCGUUGCGUACCUUGAUGGGCAUGAGCACGGUAAAGGCCCAACGGCGGAUCCGGACACAAGCCCCAUUAAUUUCGUCAGCUUUGAUAACGGUGAAGGUGAAGAGCUUGAGGCAGUGACGCUUCUCUACAGACCCGGGCACUACGAUGUUCUCUCGCGCAUGAGCGAAGAUCCUCAGGAGUCGUUUUAGCUUCUGCAUAAGCUCGAGAUGACAUGAAAUUAUUGUGUUCAUGGUAUGCUGGCACCGUUCUGCCAGCGGCCUUCUCUGUAGCAUGUCGAAACGAACAGAUAAUGAUUCCAUGCACUCGC